AUGAAGCUCGCCGUACUAGGAAUCAUUCUUACUCCUAUAUUCACAUUUCUAGCAUCAAGCCAGAAUGAGCCUGACGACUGCAAGGGCUACGUCGCCAACAACAUCGUCAAAACAGAUAAAACAGUGUCGGCGGACCUCGACCUGGUCGGUCGCGAUUGCGACCUUUAUAGCCGGUCUGUCCUCCGACUAACACUUCUUGUCGAAUACCAGACUAACUCCCGACUCCAUGUCCUCAUCCAAGACCGCGACAAGGAACGAUAUCAAGUCCCAGAAGAUGUCUUUCCUCGGCCAUCAUCGUCGCCAUUCUCCGCCAAUUCCUCCCUCCUAUCAUUCGAGUUCAGCGACCCCUCUUCCUCCUCCCCUUUUUCCUUCAAAAUCACAAGUGCCACAACAGGCGAAGUCCUCUUCGACACAUCCAGCACGCGACUCGUCUUCGAAACCCAGUUCCUCCGCCUCCGGACCUCUCUCCCGCCAGACCCAAACCUCUUCGGCCUCGGCGAGCAUUUCGAUUCCUUCCGCCUGCCGAACCGAAACUACACCCGCGCUCUCUGGGCCCGCGACGUGGCUGUCCCCCGCCGGGAGAACCUGUACGGCAGUCAUCCAGUCUAUAUCGAGCAGCGCCCGACCGGGACCCAUGGGGUCUUUCUGUUGAACUCCAACGGGAUGGACAUUGUUAUUGACGACAACGGCAAUCAGAGUUCCUUCCUCGAAUAUCGUAUCAUUGGGGGCGUGUUUGACUUUUACUUUUUCGCCGGCCCGACGCCUGUGGAGGUGUCGCGACAGUAUGCCCGGGUUGCUGGGCCGCCGGCCAUGGUUCCGUACUGGAGUCUUGGGUUCCACCAGUGUAAGCACGGGUAUCGGGACUGGUUCGAAGUUGCCGAAGUCGUGGCAAACUACUCGGCCGCCAAUAUCCCCCUCGAGACAAUGUGGACCGAUAUCGAUUACAUGGACCGACGCCGUGUUUUCUCUUUCGACCCCGACAGGUUUCCCAUCAACAGGAUGCAGGAGAUUGUCCACAACUUGCAUCGCAAGCAGCAACAAUAUAUCCUCAUGGUUGACCCUGCAGUGGCCCAUGAGGACUACCCGGCUUUCAACCGUGGCAGCAGAGAUGCCUUGGACGUAUUUCUAAAGUCGGAGAGAUCAGACUCAUAUUACUUCAAGGGUGUCGUUUGGCCGGGCGUCACCGUGUUCCCCGACUGGUAUCACCCGAACGUUACGAAAUACUGGACGCGAGAGUUCGAGGAUAACUUCAACCCGCAUACGGGUGUGGAUAUCGACGGCGUUUGGAUCGACAUGAACGAACCGGCCAACUUUUGCAUUUUUCCAUGCCAAAACCCGGAGGAAGAAGCCCGGAGACAGGGGAUGCCGCCAGAACCGCCACCUGCUCGACCCCCCCCUCGACCUCUCCCGGGGUAUAACAUCACCAUUCCGGUGGGCCCGUCUCCGAAUACGGAUUUUUCUGGAGCAGCAGCUGAUGGUCUUCCCCCCAUUGACCCUUUGCCCGUACACCAAGAGCAGCGUAUGCUCGGGGAGGUGUCCCGCGGGAAAGAGGAAGAUCUGCUAUUCCCGCCUUAUAGGAUUGCUAACGGUGGGAAUGCGCGUCUGGACCUUAGCUAUCGGACUGUUGAUACGGAUGUGGCUCACUACAAUGGUCUGAAGGAGUAUGAUCUUCAUAAUCUUUAUGGAAGUAUGAUGGGCAUGACGACUCGCGAGGCAAUGCUUCGUCGGCGACCCUCCUUACGACCGUUCAUAUUGGCCAGGAGCACGUUUUCAGGCGCCGGUCGAUAUGUGGCGAAGUGGCUAGGCGACAAUGCCUCGAGAUGGGAUCACUAUCGAUCGUCCAUCGCAGGCAUGUUAGCAUUUGCUUCCAUCUUCCAGAUUCCCAUGGUAGGAAGCGACGUCUGCGGCUUCCGAGAAGCAACAACAGAACAACUAUGCGCUAGGUGGGCCACCUUGGGCGCCUUCAUGCCCUUCUUCCGUAACCACGCGCAAUUCCGGUCCCCGCACCAGGAAUUCUACCGCUGGCCCCUCGUCGCCUCGGCCGCCCGCCGCGCCAUUACCCUGCGCUACCGCCUUCUCGAUUACUUAUACACCGCUCUUCAUGCCCAGUCCAUCGACGGCACGCCGGCCAUCAACCCGCUGUGGUACCUCUACCCUUCCGAUGCCAGUACGUACGCUAUUGACCUGCAGUACUUUUACGGCGACUGCUUGCUCGUCUCGCCCGUGACGGAAGAAGGGGCUCUGCACGUGAGUGCGUAUUUCCCGGACGACGUCUUCUAUGACCUAGAGACGGGGGAUGUCGUUCGAGGGCGCGGAGAGUGGAUUACGCUGAGAGACGUCCCGUUUGAUCGCAUCCCGUUGCAUGUGAGGGGCGGGUGUGUGGUUCCCAUGCGGACGGAGGGGGCGAAUACGACGGCGGCGCUGAGGGAGAAACCGUUUGAGCUUGUCGUUGCUCCUGGUCUGGACGGGACGGCGGAUGGGACACUUUUGGUGGAUGAUGGGUUGACCCCGGAUGGAGGACCCGAUCGGUUUGGCGUGCGGUUCCGAUAUGAGGGGGGGAGAAUACGGCUCAGUCCCAUGGAAGGAUUCCCCGACGAUCAGCAGGGGCUUGAGGCGAAGAUGGAGAUGGCGGGGAUUCGUGUCGAGCGGGCCAAAGUCAUGGGCAUCCGGCCGCCGGGGUUCGGCCCUGUCGGUAUCGGACCGGAGGCAAUCGGCCGAUAUGUCCAAAACGGGACAUGGACAGACCUAGGCCCACUUACACGGCGGGAGUCGGUCCUGGUACCAACAUGAAGUUAUCACCGGGCGCCCGGAGCAAGGAGUACUUCUAUACGUACACACUGGGUGUGAGUACUUAAGCUGUUUGUGUAUGUUAAGCUGUCACAUACGAC